CCCGAUCAGGUCAAAACUCUUAGCAAAAAGAAAGAUAAAGAUAAAAAUUACUGAACAGUGAACAAUAAAAAAUAAAAACCCAAAUUUCUUUCUCUAGUUACAAGGACAGUGGGUUUUUGGUUUUUUUUUUUUUUUUUGAGGGAAAAAAGUUAAAGAUAAAGAAGAAGAAAAAAAAAAAAAGAACAGAAAACAAAAUUCUCUGGCUUGCGUAGGCGUAGCAGCACCCGGUAUUUUUUUUUUUUUUUUUAAGAAACCAGAGGCAAACACAAAACAGAACAGAAAAAGAUUUUAAAGAUAGGAAGAGAGAGAGAGAGAGAGAGAGGAAACAAAAGGAAGAAAGAGCUAGGGAUAGGGAUAGGGAUAGAGAUAGAGAUAGAGAUAGAGAAAGAGAGAGAUAAUCUCGUUUCUUAUUGUUAUUUGCUGUAUUGAAACUUCAAUUUUGUUAUUUUUGCCUUUGUACCACUGUUGUCUGGUUUUAGAAGAAAAAAAAGGAAAAGAGAAUAAUUCCUGGGAAUUUAUUUUCCGGGAAAAGUUUUUAUAUUCUGGGGAAAAGAAAAAGAAAAUUCAAAAUAAACCCAAGUUUUGUCUGUGUCAGAUUGUGGGAUUUUCUAGCUGUUCGUUACCUUCAUAUCCUUAUAUCCUGUCUUGACGUAACAAGAACUGAAAAAGAGGAAAAAAAGAAGCUUAAUAUUCAAUAAACAAGAAUCGGUAACAUCAAUUUUUCGAUCGGAUUCGCCGAUUUCAAGGCUUACUUUUGGCUUCUGAUCGGUUUUUGAGUUCUGGGUUGGUUGCAAAGUCACCACUUUGUUUUUCCAUUUUGUUAAAGUUCUGAUUUUUGAGGGUGAUGAAUAUCAAUUUUGACUUUCUGGGUAUUGCCAAAACCUGUUAGCAAGGAAAAAGAAACUUGCUUUUUGAAUCAAGAGUUGUUGAUUGAUCCGGGUAAGUCAUAAAGUAACGAUGAAAUCGGUGUCACUUGAUUACUGGAGGAACUAUUUUAGGACAGCAAAUUCAGAUAUAUUUGCUAUAAUCGAUCAUGCGAUUAUGGUUGCAGCUUCUGAUUGUCCAAAGGAGUUCAGGUUGCGUAGAGAUCGAAUUGCAGAGCGUUUAUUCUCCUGCAGAUUGACUCGCUGCUCCGGCUGCAAUCAUGUGGACUUAGCUGUGCCUGCUCAUGAAGGUGAAAAUGAUGAUGGAGGUGCCUGCAAGAGAAGAGAUGACCAUCAUGUUGAGGAUGAUGACGAUGAUGAUGUUGAUAUUGAUGUUUGCGAGUUUGAGGCUGGAGGUACUAGUAAGGAAAGUAAGGUCAAUAGUAGUAAUAAUAGGGAUGAUAAUGAUAUUGAUAUUGGAGAGGUUAAUGUGAAUGAUCAGUUGUUAAGUAAUUUUAGUUAUGGAGAGGCUGAGGCUUUAACUGAUGAGAUUGAAGAGGAGUCCAUGGUUGUUGGUGAGGUAUUGAGGAUCAAAGAUAUUCUUCUUCAUAGCAGAGAUGAGUCUGAAUCUGUGUUGUUUGAAUCAUUGAGGAGACUUCAAUUAAUGGCCCUGACUGUGGACACACUUAAGGCAACUGAGAUUGGAAAAGCUGUCAAUGGCCUCCGGAAGCAUGGAUCACAACAGAUUCGUCAUCUUGCACGAGUUCUUAUAGACGGAUGGAAGGUAUUGGUGGAUGAGUGGUACAGUACGACAAAGGCUAUCAGAGGUGAUGAAGGUACUCCUGAGUCUGUGAAUCCAUCUGUUGUUGAUGAAGAAGAUGGGCUUCCAUCUCCUCCAUUAGAUGAAGCAUUCUUUUUCGCUGCUCAAAAUACUGGGAUAGAGCUCGCACAGUUCUUUGAUGGAAUGGAUGACGAUGGAAAUCCUAGAAACAGUGGGGAAUUCAUCAAGAACCGUGAAAAUGGACGAAAAUCGUCAUUAGAGCAGAAGAACAUUCCAAAGCGGAAAGAGCAUACUCCUAGUGAAGCAAAUGUUGUUGCCAAGGAUAAUAAAAGUCAUCAGAGUAGGAGGCAAGAAGCUAUGAGGAAGCCAAAUAAGCCCUCAACCACUGUUUCUGGUCCUGGAAGACCUACAAAACAAAGUGUUGAGCAAAAAGCAAACAAUGAAUCAAAGAUACAACGAAAAACAGAUAAGCUUGUUACCCAGAGAAAGCUUCCAGGUGGUCAACAAGAUAAAUUCAAGUGUUCAGAUGAUGAUGCUGUCCAAAAGAAACUUGAAGCCACAAAAAGGAAACUCCAGGAGCGUUAUCAACAAGCAGAAAAUGCCAAGAGACAGCGAACGAUACAAGUAAUGGAGUUACAUGAUCUCCCUAAACAAGCGCUUGUACAGAAAAAUCCAAACAUGAGACCUGGAAGCCAUAACCGGCAUUGGGCACAUGGACGGAGGCAGAUUUCAUAGUUCUUUUGCAGACUGGUUUUCAACAGCCAUUCUUACUUCCAAUCUGAUCGCGAGCGAAGGAUGCUAAUAACUCCAGCACAUACUUUCACAUGAUCAUGCAUCAACAAUAAGAAAUCCAAGCAUUGAUCUUAGCGAGGCCCCUAUUGAUUACAGGGGAACAAACAUUUUAAACUACAUUCCCAUGUCCAACGUUUGAUGGGAUAUAUACAUGUUGAAAUCCUGAGAGGACAGGGGUGGGGCUGUGGAGUUGGAGGCUUAUGCACUCUUAAGAUUCUCGACUCAGUAGUACUAGAUUUAAAAUCCAUAGAAACCCUUCAUUUGCAUAUGCCCACGUUUAUUGACUGCUUCUCAACAUUAAUUGUUUUUUUUUCCUUUUUUCUUUUUCACUCACACAGAGACAUUUACUUUUAUGGGGAUAGUAUACAUACUUUUGCACAGAAUAAGUGCCUUCCAUUAAAGAUCCUGUAGACUUUAAUGAAUAAGAUCAGAUGUUCAUGUUUCAUUUC